GCGCAGGCGCAGAAAGCCCAGCCGUCCGUCUCCGUCCGCCCUGACGCGCACGCGCAUGGAGGGGCGCGCGAGUCCUCCGCAGAAUUCCCGCACCCGUCCCGCGGCCGUGCUGUGCCGCGGCCCGGUGGAGCCGCUCAUUUUCCUUGCUAACUUCGCCUUGGUUCUGCAGGGCCCGCUCACCACGCAGUACCUGUGGCACCGUUUCAGUGCCGACCUCGGCUACAAUGGCACCCGUGACAGGGGUGGCUGCGGCAACCGCAGCUCUGACCCCACCAUGCAGGAAGUGGAGACCCUUACCUCCCACUGGACCCUCUACAUGAACCUGGGCGGCUUCCUGGUGGGGCUCUUCUCAUCCACCCUGCUGGGCGCCUGGAGUGACUGUGUGGGCCGCCGCCCAGUGCUCGUGCUGGCCUCCCUGGGUCUGUUGCUCCAGGCCCUGGUGUCCAUCUUUGUGGUGCAGCUGCAGCUACACGUCGGCUACUUUGUGCUGGGCCGCAUCCUCUGUGCCCUCCUCGGUGACUUCGGUGGCCUCCUGGCUGCUGGCUUUGCUUCUGUGGCCGAUGUCAGCUCUAGCCGAAGCCGCAGCAUCCGAAUGGCCCUGCUGGAAGCAUGCAUUGGGGUGGCAGGGAUGCUGGCAAGCCUCCUUGGCGGCCAGUGGCUCCGGGCCCAGGGUUAUGCCAACCCCUUCUGGCUGGCCUUAGCCUUGCUGAUAGUCAUGGCCCUGUAUGCAGCAUUCUGCUUUGGUGAGACAGUAAAGGAACCAGUAACUGCCCGGCUCUUCACACUCCGUCACCACCGAUCCAUUGUCCAGCUCUACAUGGCUGCAGCCCCAGAGAAGUCCAGAAAGCAUUUAGCCCUGUACUCAUUGGCCAUCUUCAUGGUGAUCACUGUGCACUUUGGGGCCCAGGACAUCCUGACCCUCUAUGAGCUGAGCACACCCCUCUGCUGGGACUCCAAGCUGAUCGGCUAUGGUUCUGCAGCGCAGCACCUCCCGUACCUCACCAGCCUGCUGGUCCUGCGGCUUCUGCAGUAUUGCCUGGCUGACACCUGGGUGGCCGAGAUUGGCUUGGCCUUCAACAUCCUGGGGAUGGUGGUCUUUGCGUUUGCUACCAUCACACCCCUCAUGUUCACAGGGUAUGGGCUCCUCUUCCUGUCAUUAGUCACUACACCUGUCAUCCGGGCCAAGCUCUCCAAGCUGGUGGGCAAGUCAGAGCAAGGUGCUCUCUUUUCUGCUGUGGCCUGUGCGAAUAACUUGGCCAUGCUGACAGCCUCUGGCAUUUUCAACUCAGUCUACCCAGUCACUCUCAACUUCAUGAAGGGGUUCCCCUUUCUUCUGGGAGCUGGCCUUCUCCUCAUCCCAGCCCUUCUGAUUGGAAUACUGGAAAAGGCUAAACCUCACCCUGAAUUCCAGCAGUUCCCUCAGAGCCCUGAUCUGCCCACACCAGAGGACAGAGGGCAAAGGGAGCAACGUGAACACUCAUCGACUGGAAGUAUGCAUGUGGGAUUCUAGCCCACGGGAACACCAGCAGUCCCCCACAGAGGGCAGUGAUUCCCUCAGACAAGGUAGUCAAGCUAGACCAAGGCCCCCACCUCUCCUGCUGCUGUGCCGGCCUAUGACUGCAGGAUUUAGAAUUGUAACCCAGACCGUCCCACACCAGGGCAGGCAGUGGGAAGCCUUUGGAACAGGGGUCUGCUUACCCUUUGUGCCAUCAGCCACAGAACCCUCUGGGGGUGAGGAGAGUUCCUGAUGGAGGUGAUGCUUUGGGACCAGCUGAAGCAUAACAGCUGGCAUCUCCCUUUCCAGCCAGAACUGCAUAGCUCCCAGUCUCUCUUUAAUGAUGACUGGGAUACCUGGUCAGUGUCAGCUCUGUGGGGGAGGGAGGGUUGUGGUUGGGUGGGGCUCGGAUCCCUCCAGAGGGGUUGGGGCUUGCUGCUGUCUCUGGGUGGGAAUCAAUUCCCUGGGCUUAGCAGUGCCAAUUGUAAUAAAUCAAUAUAAUCACACUGAAGUGUACCUUCUGGCUCCCAAGGCAUUGAGCUGUGGGACCCUGCUUUCCUGUUCCCAGUUUGCCCACCACUGGUCAGAUAGAAGCAGCUGCUGGGCUGGCAGGCGUUCCUGAACUGCUGUGGAAUUGGUAUGGGGCAGAAAGUCUGACUGCCUGUUUUCUUCUCCUGAGCUGCUGGGAGAUGAAGGGCUGCCAGGCUUGGAUCCGGCCAGCAGAGGCUCAGGGCAGAGCCCUGGUCGCUCGUUCUCCAGGGUCAGAGAUCCACUCCCUCAAGGCACCUGUACUGGUCUUCCUGGCUACACCAGCCCAAGCAGAAUCAGCAUUUGUUAUCAUUCAGCGCUGCCCACACCUCCCAUCGCCAGGCAUUUCAGCAGGGCCGUGUGCUGAGACCAUCCCCCAUGCGUCUGUAGGCCAACGGAAUCCUGGAUAUGGCCGCCACGCGUGAAAUGAACCAGGGGCCUGGAAAGCCUGGCCCUGAAGCUGAAAGGUGGAAUCAGAUUCAGUGUGAAGGCAGUGGCUUUGAUGAAUGCCAGAAGCCCCCGAGCAGAUCCAAGACAGGUGUUAACUUGGUUCUUCCACCAGAAUUGGCCAGAGGGUUUGGUUCCCUGCUGCCAUUUCUACCCUCAUUCUCUCUUCACUUGACCUGCCAGCCAGUUACAUGGCUGGAAGUCAUGCAGGUACAUGGGGGUGGCCCAGGGUCAGCUGUGGCCUCUGCAACCUGGCUUGUUUACAGAUUCCUCCAUGAAGGGCUAGGCUAGCAAUUCCCCAAAUUGUCUGAUUGUGGUUGGACAAUUUAGGAAAUGUUGGGUUAGAUAAUAUUCUCAGAUCCUUCCCAUCUCAUACAUUCUAGAAUGAGAUGCCUCUCUGUAGGUCUAAGGGAAGGAUGAAUGAGUUGGAGCUGGACUUUUGACCUUUGAGUGUCCCUGAGCAGUUGUUGGUCCCUGGGGAGGGGUGCAGUGACGUGGAGCAGGGACCUAGCUGACUCAGCCCCUACUUGAGGGCCGCUGCUAGAUCAGCUGAGCCGAAAACCCUGACCCCACAGACUGUCAGCGCAGGCUGCAGGAGAGAGGCUGUUUCUCAGCCCUCUGUUUCAGGACCAGCCCUGGGGGGCCA